CCAUCAGUCUGUUUCUUGAAGUUACAACUCUUAGUCAUUCUCCCUAUCCAGCUUCGUUCCUCCAAAUCUAGAGCAUGGAUUUCUUCAACAAGGCAGCUUCCCUUGUUAGCAGUGCUACUGCUGCUGCUCCGGCUGCUGCUCCUGCUGCUGCUCCUGCUGCUGCUCCCGCUGCUGCCCCCGCUGCGGAAGGCUUCAGUAUCGCUGGCGUGUCGCUGCAGGAUGCAGCUGGCUAUGUCGAAAAGGCGAAAGCAGCGGCAGCCGUUGCACAAUGUAACGAGACUGUGAAAAAGGCAGGUUUUGAUGACGAAGCCAAGAUGCUCGGGGAUCUUCUCAGUAAAGCGGAGUCGAUGCUUCCUGGCGCUACGCCUGCUCCUGCCCCUGCUGCUUCUCCUGCUGCUACUGCGCUUUCAGCUGUUACUGCUGCGGUUGCAGCUGUUGCGCCUGCAGCCGUUGCUGCUGCGGCGCCUGCAGCCACUGCUCCUGCUGCUGCUGCCCCUGAAGCUGCUGCUGCUCCUGCAGCCGCUGCUGCUCCCGCGGCUGCACCUGCAGCCGCCGCUGCCCCUGCUGCUGCCCCUGCUGCUGCUGCGCCCGCUGCUGCUGCGCCUGCAGCCGCUGCUCCCACUGCCCCUGCUUAAUCUGAAGUGAGGUUCUAGAGGAAUACCGGUACAAAGGGAGAACGAGUCAAUCUAUUCUUACUCCCCAGAUCGUCAGCGAACUCAUUCGAAAUGUCAUGUGAUAGAGGCGGAAGUGUAGAGAAAUGAGGGAAUGAAUCUUUACAAAAAUUCAGCAGUCAUUCCUGCAGGAAAGGGUGAGGUGUGCACACAUGCUAAUAAUUGUUCCAGACGCAGCAGCCAGUGUUACAUCAAUUGCCAACUCCAGUGUUCACAGCUGAGUUUGACAGCGCCUAAAGCCAGCCAACUACAAAACAAUUGCCCCCUAUUCUAGAUAUGUAAAACUCUGAUACUAAACAACUUCCGUCAUU